AGUUCCAUCUGUUCCGAAACCUCCCUUUUGUGUGCACCCAAUUUCAUCUUCCGCUGGGAACCUUACGGUUCAUCGUUCUUCGACCAUUUUGCCAGCGCCGCCGCCGCCGCCGCCGCCUCCUCCUCUUUUGCGAGUGGAUCUCCGUUGUUUGUGAACGAUGAUGGUGGAGAAUCCCACUCGUGUCUUCUCCCGCGGCUAUUCUACCUGAACCAGCCCGGGACCGAGAGAGUGCCGCAAGGAUGUGUGAUUCUUUUUUGCGACGAAGGUUACGCUGUUCCGACUUGACAGCAACCCCGCAUCCGACAUGGCACGGCGGGUUGUGCGGCGGGGGCAUGAUGAGAAAAAUUACAUAAUUUUUGGGAUUUUUGCGGCUGGCAGGAAGGACAUGGGGUCUCCCUUUGUGUGUCUACGGGGUGGGGUUGCCCGAUUGCACGUUCCGAUUAUCUUGCCUUCCCAAUCGAAUGUAUUCCUUUCGGGCAUUUGGUGGUUAUGUAAGUCCUCUUCGUCACAACAUACAAACUGCAUCCACUGCAGAAAAAGGGGUAGAUUCAUGGUCACACAGGACACAGCCAUCGGUACAAACGCGGGUAGCGAAGGAUACGAAUCGGUGGGGCCCAUUUUAUAGGAAGCAUGAUGGUGAUGGCAAAGCAGAAACCCGAGCUCAUCGAGCAAAAAUCGCAGCAAGUAACGACCAGCGGAUGGCUGAAGGCAGCAGCAACAUCAUCCCCCGAACAGCGUAGCAUCUUGAGGUGGUGUGUGCGGGCAAAGUCGCUCUUUUGACGAAAACCAUUGGUGCUGGCUGGCUCGCAUAACCGCUGGCCAGGAUUGCGCCCGAGGCGAGAAGCGAUACUAUACUCAUAAACUUAUGCCAUGGGCCGCCAGUUGGGCCACUGAAUCUAGAUACUGACCGCGAGAGACGAACCGAAGCCACAGAGAACCGGCGGGGGAAAGAGAAAGAAGGAUAGUCUCGAGAGAGAGAGAGAGAGAGAGAUAGCAAGGAAAAAAGCUAGAAAAGAGAGCGCGGGAGCGCAAUCCACAAGAACCGCCGUGCACGAGAGCUGGUAAAGGGCAGGUUGCCGCGAAGGUCACCGAGUAUCGCUUCCUGCGAAUACGAUUGCCGGAUCAACAACGCCGCUACUACACCAUCUGCUGGACACCACCACCACCACUCAUCCCUCUUUGGCGGAUCAUCUUGUGCACGCUCCCGAAAAGAACACGCGACGCGGGCACACAUGAUGGCGGAUGCAGCUGAAGAUUAUCCCGAGCAUGAUGGUCCCGAUGCAGCGGUCAACUCGUCGAAGCGGACAUCGACGAUGCGUGAUGAUCGCGGUCACUCUUCAUCGUCCGGCAAACGGAGUGACCGUUCCGGGCGUUACCACGACGACUACGAUUACCAGCGGCAGCAUCAUCGUGAUCAUCGGUCGGAGCGCGAUCGGUAUCGCGAUCGGGACCACAACCGUGAUCAUGGCAGUCACCAUCGCGAUCGCGAUCGUAGGCGUGAUGAAGAUCGCUAUCACCGGUCGGAUCAUCGGCGCGAUCGGCGCACCAGCCGAAGCCCGGUCGAAGAACGUCACGGAAAGUCACGCUCCUCGAGACGCUCGAACAGUCGCGAUCGUGAUCGCUCACGGGAACGCAGUGAGCGAACGGCACAGGAUCGGCUGUCGGUGGAGAUAGAGCAAGAGCUGGCGAACCUUCGGCGGAAGCACGAGCUUGCCGAAGCACUCAAAAAGCAGCAAAAUCCGGGCGAAUCCUCGGACGAUGGAUUCCAGGCAAAGGCACACCAGAUGAUGAAUCCGUGCGGCAGUAACCAGGGGGCACUCCCUCGCAAGCCAGACUUUUUGACCGGCACUACCACCGACGGUGAUGCGGCCGAAUACGUGCCCGAGAUACAAACCGAAGAGGAACGCAUCGAGUUUCAGCGCAAAAUGCAGGAGAAGCUGCAACAGCAUCUGGCAGCCGAGGGCAAACUGUAUCCACCGCGUCCACCGAAAUCUCGCGAAACGGUCACGGCGGCUCCCGUUGUCGUGUCCGGGUUUGCCAACGAUGGAUCGUUUUUGGAAAUGUUCAAGAAGCUGCAAGAGCAACCGCUACUGGCGGCAGCCGCCGGUACAUUCCCAGUCGCAGCUGCUAGCACGGUCACGUCGUUACCGGACCCGCAAACCAUGCCAGUGGUGAUGGUACCACCGGGAGUAUCGCAUGUAGUACCGCCGCCAUCGGCUGUGGGCCCAUAUGCCGCAUAUACCGGUGCUGCUGCCGGGGUAGUGGCACCGGUGGUGCCUGCAGCGGCACUCGGGGUCAAUGCGUUGUCGGCCACACCGGUAACGAAAGCGAUUGCCAAGGAGCCACCACCACCACCGUUGCCAGUGUUUGGGCGGCGGCGUGGUGGCAAGAUCCUUAAGACUGGCCUCGUGAAGAAAGUUCGUCCGGUGGAGGAAGUUUCGGCCGACGCACCAAACGAUGCGUGGUCCCUCUACCUGCAGGAGGUGAAGAAGUACAAGAGUGCUUCGUGUGAUGCGGACUCGAAAACACGUCCGCUCGUGAAGUAAGCGGCCAAUUUGAGACGCUCCGGAGGAGCUGGAAGCCGAUGGUAUAUCCUAUUUUACUGUAUUUUGUGCUUAUCCCACGAUUAUCACCUUUUUGGGAGUUCGUGACACUUGGGAACUGGAGAGAGAGAGAGAGUAUUAGGUGUAAGGAUAUUGGAAGUUUUACCGAUGCAUCUUUGCAGCUAACACGUAUCCCCAGUCAUUCCUACUUAAGGGACUUAGGAUAAGAAGAUUUAUUUAUAUAUUUUGAAACUAUACUAAUUUCAAUCUCUCACGCGUAUCCUACGUACGCUGUACUACUCUCGAGUGAUGGGAAGGGUGUAAGCGGUUCAGUGGGAGGAAAUAGGUCACACACAAAAGGGGGAUGAUCGUUCGAUCGAACGAUCUUGUCUCCGUCUCACUUGGAAAGUGUAACUCUGCCACCAUCAACGUAUGAUCCUUGAUCUUCACCUUGGUAUUUAAUCUGUCGC